GAUAAGCCGAACGGCAUCAGAGCAGCUCCUCCAACAUGUUUUCGCCUAAGUCGCCCAGAAGUCGGUCCAAGUAUGUCUCCAGGUCUCCGGAGCAGAUCUGUAUGGUUGACUGUGUCUGUAAGCCGGGCUGCACCUGUAGUGUCCACUCCGCAGGCAGCGGCGAGAGACGCUGCGCUCAGGAGUUUAAGGAAAAUUGCGCUGAUGUGGGGAAACAAGGCCUUGACAACUUGGCCUAUGAGUAUGGCAGCCAGAGCGAACUCUACCCUCCACCCAAAACUGCCUCCAGGGUGAGCUUUAAACUCCUGGGACUCACCAGCGAGCACCAGGCCCAAGCCAUCGAAGCCAGAAUCUCCAUCCUGAAGGGAGUACUUGGUAUCAGCUUGUCUUUACCCAGAAAAUUAGCCAAAGUGGACUAUGAUGUUUCAGUUAUCACAACCAAAGAGAUCGCCUUGGAGCUCCAGAGCUUGGGAUACAGCGUGGAGUCAGCGGUGCAGAUCAGGGUGGAUGGUAUGCACUGCCAGUCCUGUGUGCAGUCCAUCGAGGGACAUCUUUGUGAGCUACCAGGGGUUUCGUAUAUUCAGGUGUCUCUUCAGGACAGUGCAGCACUGAUUGUAUUUCAGCCUCUUCUAGUUACGCAACAGGAACUGAGAGACAAGAUCGAGGACAUGGGGUUUGAUGCCACUUUAUUAUCUGAGGACCCAUCUGCAGAAGAUAUAAGCCACUGGCAGAUGGACAUGUUGACUUCAUCAACCCAGACUGUAACCAUAUGGAUUGUAGGGAUGACUUGCAACUCUUGUGUGCAGUCCAUAGAAGGGAGGAUCUCUCAGAUGACAGGAGUACAGACGAUAGCGGUGUCACUGAAGGAUGAAAAGGGAAUGAUAACCUUUGACCCCUGUCUGACGGAGCCGGAGCAGCUCAGGGCAGCUAUUGAGGACAUGGGCUUUGACGCAUCACUUCAGGAGCCUGAGAAGAGCGUUCAGAGUUAUGAAAAGUCCAGGCCUGUGAGCUCCGGACCUUCUCACUUUCCUGACUUGCAAUCAGCCAAUAAGGCAGGAAUCAGCAAUGGCACUGGAUCACAGGCUAACACUGCAAACUGUCAACCCAACUCUCCUGACAUAAAUGUUCAGAAAUGCUUCAUCUGUGUAAUGGGAAUGACCUGUGCCUCCUGUGUGGCCAACAUUGAGAGGAACCUGCUCAAACACAAGGGAAUCAUCUCGGUGCUGGUAUCCCUAAUGGCUGGAAAGGCAGAGGUGAAAUAUGAUUCAGACGUCAUAAACGCUGCUGCUGUGACUCAGCGCAUACAAGACUUAGGCUUUGGGGCCAAACUGAUAGAGGACAAUGCAGUAACACACGGGAAACUGGACCUCUCAAUAACAGGUAUGACAUGUGCAUCAUGUGUCCACAACAUUGAGUCCAAGCUCAUCACAACCAAAGGGAUCCUCGGGGCCUCUGUUGCUCUUGCUACUAAAAAAGCGCAGAUCCAGUUUGACCCAGAAGAACUCGGACCUCGAGAUAUUAUCAGGAUUGUUCAGAGCCUUGGAUUCGAGGCCAGUCUGGUGAAGGAGGGCUUCAAACACAACCUCGAUCACUCAGAGGAAAUUAGACAGUGGAAGAGCUCCUUCCUGUUCAGCCUUGUUUUUGGCCUACCUGUCAUGGGCCUCAUGAUCUACAUGAUGAUAAUGGAUAGUCAGCACCAGGAACAUGGAGGCUCCAUGCCCGAGGAGCAGAACCUGUUGCCAGGCCUCUCCCUCCUCAACCUGGCUUUCUUCCUGCUCUGUACACCUGUGCAGUUCUUCGGAGGCCGGAACUUCUAUAUCCAGGCCUAUCGCUCGUUAAAACACCGCACAGCCAACAUGGAUGUGCUGAUUGUGUUGGCCACCUCUAUCGCCUACAUCUACUCCUGUGUGGUCCUCAUCGUAGCCAUGGCUGAGCGAGCCAAUCAGAGCCCCGUCACCUUUUUCGACACUCCACCCAUGCUGUUUGUGUUCAUUGCACUGGGUCGAUGGUUGGAGCAUGUUGCCAAGAGUAAAACCUCAGAGGCUUUGGCCAAACUAAUGUCCCUUCAAGCCACCGAUGCCACUGUGGUCACUUUGGGACCUGACCACUCCAUCAUCAGUGAGGAGCAGGUGGUGGUGGAGCUGGUCCAGCGAGGCGACAUUGUGAAGGUCGUCCCAGGAGGAAAGUUCCCCGUUGACGGAAAAGUGAUAGAGGGAAGCUCCAUGGCAGACGAGUCCUUGAUCACAGGUGAGCCGAUGCCUGUUAGCAAAAAGGUGGGGAGUCUGGUGAUCACGGGCUCCAUCAAUGCUCAUGGUGCUCUUCUGGUGGAGGCUACUCAUGUCGGUGCUGACACGACUCUGUCUCAGAUUGUCAAACUGGUGGAAGAAGCCCAAACUUCCAAGGCCCCCAUCCAGCAGUUUGCAGACAGGCUCAGCGGAUACUUUGUGCCCUUCAUAGUUAUCGUUUCUCUGCUAACACUGGUGGCCUGGAUGGCAAUCGGGUUUGUCGACUUUGACAUUGUGAAGGAAAACUUCCCGGGUUAUAACCAGAACAUCUCCAAGGCGGAAGUUAUCGUCCGCUUCGCCUUCCAGGCGUCCAUCACUGUUUUAUCCAUUGCCUGCCCCUGCUCUCUGGGGCUUGCAACCCCGACGGCUGUAAUGGUGGGCACAGGUGUUGGCGCUCAGAACGGGAUCCUCAUUAAAGGAGGCGAGCCGCUGGAGAUGGCACAUAAGAUCAAUGUGGUGAUGUUCGAUAAGACCGGGACGAUUACACACGGCGUGCCUCAGGUGACUCGUGUGUUGGUGUUGUGGGAAAUGGCCCGCAUGCCCCUGAGGAAGAUCCUGGCCGUGGUGGGGACAGCAGAGGCCAGCAGUGAGCACCCGCUGGGCAUGGCUGUCGCUAAGCACUGCAAAGAGGAGCUGGGCAGUGACGUGCUGGGCUACUGCCAGGACUUCCAGGCGGUUCCCGGCUGUGGGAUCAGCUGCCGGGUGUCCAAUGUGGAGCAUCUGCUUCAGCACCAGAGCGAAGAGCUUUUCCUGCUUCCGGGAGCCACCACAGACGAAAGCAGCCUGCUCUCUGCUGCCGAGGCUCCGUCUGCAGGAGGAGUGGUGUCUUACUCAGUCCUGAUCGGAAACAGAGAAUGGAUGAGGAGGAACGGUCACCACAUUGGAGCAGAUGUUGAUGCUGCCAUGAGCAGCCAUGAGACUAAAGGGCAGACAGCCAUCCUGGUGGCCAUAGACGGUGUGCUGUGCGCCAUGUUAGCUAUUGCUGACACAGUGAAAGCAGAGUCAGCGUUAGCAGUGCAUACACUCAACAGCAUGGGCAUUGAGGUGGUUAUGAUAACAGGAGACAACAGGCGCACAGCCAAAGCUAUCGCCACACAGGUGGGGAUCAGAAAGGUGUUUGCAGAAGUGCUGCCGUCACAUAAGGUGGCUAAAGUACAAGAGCUGCAGGAGAAAGGCCUGCGAGUUGCCAUGGUGGGAGACGGCGUUAAUGACUCUCCCGCACUCGCCCGUGCCGACGUCGGCAUCGCCAUCGGCACGGGAACAGAUGUGGCUAUCGAGGCGGCAGAUAUUGUCCUGAUCAGAAAUGAUCUGCUGGAUGUUGUGGCAAGUAUCGAGCUGUCGAAGAAGACGGUGCGGAGGAUAAGGAUCAACUUUGUCUUCGCUGUCAUCUACAACCUUCUAGGAAUACCAGUCGCUGCUGGUGUGUUCAUGCCUGUCGGCCUGGUGCUUCAACCCUGGAUGGGCUCGGCUGCCAUGGCUGCCUCGUCCGUAUCCGUGGUUCUGUCUUCUUUACUGCUGAGAACGUAUAAGAAAACCUCUGUGGAGCUGUAUGAGGUGCGCGCACGAGGUCAAAUGAAGAGCCUCCGGUCGUCUCAGAUCAGCACACAUCUGGGACUGGACGGGCGGCGGCGCAGCCCUGCUCUCUCGACCGGAGCUCCGCAGCUGAGUCAAAGCACCGUGGCCCCACCCAGCCAGGGAACAUCCAUUAACUCUGUCCAGGAGCAGCAGGACCGAUAUUCCCUCCUGGAUCACCAGACUGAAGCAGACCUAAAUGUGUAGUAAGAGGUAAAGGGAAGUAGUGCUGAGACAGUUUCUGCCUGGUUCUCACGUUUACGAAUGUAGUUAAUCUCUUUGUGUAAUAUUUCUAUUCUAUGUAUUUUUGUAAAUAGACAAGGCUAAUUGAGCACAGAAAUGUUAAAGUGCUCUUCUAUUUUACCCGUUCAUCUUUGGCUCAUGAAUCCAAAAGCACCAGUACUGGCGUCUCUGAGGACCCUCAGUCAACACUGAUCUAUGGCUUUCUUUCAGAAAAUGUCUGACAUUCAAGCUGCUGUUCGACUGCAGUUUUGAAGCAUUUUGUGUAUGUUUUUCCUGUUUCAUGGCAGGUAACAGGUGCUACAGGAAUCAAAGCUGAUAUUUGAAAAUAGGUUUGCUUGCUCGUCACUCAAAUCCUAAGUAACUGCACUUUUACAAGAUACUUAACUCAGAGUAAAGCUACACAUUGUCUUUUUGGAUAAGACAGUGUUGGUUUCUCAGGUUAUAAACAAUGAAUAGGUUCAUAGAGGAAAAAUCUGCAUUUUCUAGAACAGUCUAAGUUAAGAUUAUUUUUUCUUAUUUUAAAUUCCAACCCUUGAACAAAGCUUUGCAAGGUUUAAAGUUCAUCCGUUAAAUAUAGAAACGAGGAAGGAGAAGUGGAGUUCAGACCUUCUGGACUUUAUUUCACGUGUAUUUCGAGCAGUGCCAGCGAUAAUUAAUGGAGCAGAUUAAUCAAAUGAUCUCAUCCGUGGAUUCUACAGUUAACCAGAAAGAACCAGUUUCUCAUUUUGUUGAGCUUAAUCACAAGUGAACAGAUAUAUAUCGGGUUUUAUGGAUAUAAAUAAACUCUUGUCUCUCACUCAGCCCGCAAAAUAGUCCAUUUUCAUCGCAGACGUGACCUGAUGGCAGGAAACGCAAAGGUGGAAUCAAGAAGACAUGUCAAAAGGGCAGUUAAUUAUUUUGCGUUCACACCUUCAGAGUCGUUAAGGUUACAUGUGGGUCAUCGGGCCACCUGGCAGUCAUGUGAGAGUCUUAAGUGUCACAUGACUCCAGGUGUGAAUAGGUCGUUAACUGCCUGGGAAGCGACAUCGGGACAACACAGUGAGUAGCUGAUAAAGGUCGGGGUGUGCUUAGAAUGAGCCUGUUCGUACGAAGUGUUGUCCGAAGGCAAACGUGUUCACAGCUAUUGCAAACAGCCACACUUAAAGGUGUGGUAAGAAGCAAGUAGUGAGAUGUGAUAAUUAUUCAGAUAGGGAUAACAGCACAGACUUUCAGAUUAUCUUCUCUUUAAGAUAUAUAUAAAAAAAGAAAAGUAAUCGUAUGAAAGUUGAAAAAAAAAACAGAGCUGGAAGGUGAAGUUCAAAUCCUGCCUACUUUUCCACCUCUGAAACGCAGGACAGUUGUGGUAUGAAGGGUGCACAAUUAUUGAUUUCAGAAGGUUAUAAAACUUGUCCUACACAGUCCCCAGAGGGUUUUCCAUGCUGUUCGAUAAUCUGUCAGGUACUUUGUUUGAGGUGUGCUCAACCUUUUAGCCUGUUUGCGUUGAGCCGUCCAACUGUUUUGUCUCCCCAUUGAAUAGGUGUGUGUGUGUUCGCUCUGUAUCAGACUGUGACUUUUCUUCUCUGCCUCACUUGAUGAUCAUCUUGUUGCUGUUUUGACAAAGGUUUUUAGAGCUUUCUCUGGGUUUAGAGUUAGUAUUUAUAGACACAUUCUCUAAUAACUCACCAGCUUGUAUUUUAGUUUUGGGGCUGUAUUUAGCAGGUUUGUUUUUUGUGGGAAGGAGAUAUUUUCACUGUAUUCACCCACGCAUCUGCAUAGAUUAUCACUUACAUCUCCUCUUUUAGUGUUAUAAUCUUUUAUUGGUGUAUUUUGUCACUCGACUCAAGCCUAACAGUGUGUCACAAUGUAUUUUACAGCAUUGUUAAUAUGGGCGCACAGCCCCCCGAGGAGUCCUUUGCUUGCUCAGCUAUUCAUCUGUAAUCGUGCCAAGUUUGAGGCUGAUACACUCCGCCUCCCUCAGCCUGCAGCCGAGUGCGUUUUACGGCUGCAGACACAGUCCGAUGGCCUCACAAUGAUGCAAAGACCUCUGACAGACGAUGACGAUUUGGAUAUUAUCACAGUUCUGUAGGUAAACCUAUGUUUCCUUAGAAACGUACAAACAUACCUGCUUAACAUUUGCCUUUGAAGCAAAAACACAGAUUUAGUCUAUAAAUGAUUCCUCAGCACAUUUAUGUUUGUUCUUUAACAAUAAUAUGAAAAUCAAUUUGUUAUUGUACUUUUCAUAAAGGUACGACCCAGGGGAAGGUCGUAUAUUUUCCUGAGUUAUAGGUUUGAGAAGGGUGAAAAAGGAUAGAAAAAACCCAGCAGCGGUGCAGUAAUGUCAGCUUUAUCAAAAUAUUUUCACACAGUUCAAAGCUUGGAGGCGCCUGAGCGGAGCUUUUUUCUGCUAUUCUGCAAAGACAAUCCUUGUGACCCAAGAGCAGUAGAGGAGGAAAAGAUUAAGUGUACUUACAGCAGCCCAGAGGGAUUAAACAGUUGCCUCUGCAAAGGUACACUUAUCUGUGAUGUAAUCGUUUCAAACUUUUCCUUUACAGGUGUGCGUUCAGAAACUAUUCAAACCUUUUCACUUUAUAUUA